AACAUGCUUCCUAGGGUUCCUUCUUCCUCCUCCAAUCGCCGCCGCAUAGGGAGAGAAGCGAGAUCAGACGAAGGGCGGACAGCGAAACCUUAGCCGCCGCCAUGUCGCUGGUCGCGAACGAGGAUUUCCAGCACAUUCUUCGUGUUCUGAACACGAACGUCGAUGGGAAGCAGAAGAUCAUGUUCGCCCUCACCUCUAUCAAGGGUAUCGGCCGCCGCUUCGCCAACAUCGUCUGCAAGAAGGCCGACGUCGACAUGAACAAGAGGGCUGGUGAGAUCUCGGCUGCCGAACUCGAGAACUUGAUGACAAUUGUUGCCAAUCCGCGCCAGUUCAAGAUCCCGGAUUGGUUCUUGAACAGGAAGAAAGACUACAAGGAUGGACGAUAUUCUCAGGUUGUUUCAAAUGCCUUAGACAUGAAGCUGAGGGAUGACCUUGAGAGACUGAAGAAGAUAAGGAACCACCGCGGUCUCCGUCAUUUCUGGGGUCUUCGAGUUCGUGGUCAGCACACCAAGACAACUGGCAGGAGGGGAAAGACUGUUGGUGUCUCUAAGAAGCGAUGAGCUUAACAAUCCUCUUUGAUGUUGUCUUUCGAUCUUGAAGUCAUCACCUAAGUUUUAUUCAUCAUGUUGGAGAAGACUAAUUCUUUUUAAUGGUUUGGUUAUGUUUAGGUAACAAUUUUGAUUGUCAAUGGAACCGUAACAUUGAUGAAAGUUAUUUCUCUCGGUCAUUUUUCC